UCCUUUUGAUGAUGCCACUUUCAUCCCUGCUAACCCUUUCAGUUAUGCGGAGAUGGAAGAGAAGCUAAAACAGAUUCCCUCUGUUGCAGACGCUGGGGUACCUUCAGCCCUGAUGUUCGAGACAGUAGAGACGCUGGUGAGUGGCCUUCGCGGUAUGGUUCUUCAACGCAAUCUUCUUUCUGACCUGCUGGAGACUGCUGAGUAUACAAAAUCUUUUGUGUCUCAGCGAAAAAAUGAUGAAGAGAAAUUGCGCUUGAGAGUGGAGCAGGCUGAAGCCAGUUCAUCUACUGCUCGAGAGGAGAACAAGGUUCUUCGGGAGGAGAACGAGGUUCUUCGAGAGAAGAACGAGGUUCUUCGAGAGGAGGUUGCUGAGGUAAAGAGCCGGGAGGAUUCUAUGGAAGUUCGCCUGUUUGAGGCGGAGGAGGAGAUGGCUCUUUUGAGGAGGGAGGUGAGGCACCUCCGGACAGAGGUGUCUAUUGAGAGACGGCAGAGAGAAGAGUUGCAGUUGCGUUUGUCAACGCAAAAGGAAGAGCUGGAGGGUGAAUUUGCUGCGGAGAGGGGGGAACUUGAAGCGGAGUACCAGAAGCAAGUUGAUGAAAUGUACUUGUUCGGCUACCGCUGCUGUAUGAAGAAACAUGGCAUCAAACGGGACGUUCCUUCAAUUCCUCCGGGUGAAUUGGAGAAACUGCACAGCAAACCUGCUCAAUGACAGCUUUUCCUUUUUGUGAAAGAAAAUCUACUAUCUUCUUUCUAUACCUUUGUAGUCCGGAGGUCUUUUUGUGUAUGAUUCAUUCCACAAAUAUCAAUAAAAAUACACCUAUUCAUUUUGUAUUUCUA